AUGGGUGAAGACGAACCAUACAACGAGCUCAGCAACGUGGAACUCUGGUGGGUCCAGCACUACGAGUGGCUAGACACUCAAGGAUAUCAAUUACGCCCACGAUAUGCGCCGGGAUGGGUUCCUUCAUGGGAAAAGAACUCGAAGAUAUCCAAGUACGAAAUAGAGGAUGGGGUGUGGCUACCCACCGGCCAUACCAUGGACGCGACUCGGAAAUCUGACGGCACAUUCGUUGCACUCAAACGUGUAGAACGUGAUAAGCACCCUUUCGAGGAAGAAAUCGCAGAGUUCCUUCAAAGCGACGAAUUGGCGUCCGACCGCCGGAACCACUGCGUAAAGGUCGUCGAGACGCUCGAGCUACCUGACCGUAGCAACAUAAUCCUUGUUAUGCCCUUGCUUCGAGGUUACGAUGACCCUAUGUUUCAGACGGUUGGGGAACUAGUUGAUUGCUUACAGCAGCUCUUUGAGGGUUGCAAUUCAUGCAUGAAAACCACGUGGCUCACCGACUGUAACCCGCGGAACGCUAUGAUGGAUGCGGGUUCCAUGUAUCCUAGUCCAUGGCAUCCUGUUGACACGGACCGGAAGCGCAACGACGUUAUGGAGAUUGUCGGACAUUACAGUCGCACCGAACGACCCCCGACCUAUUACUGGAUCGAUUUCGGCAUAUCUCGUCGAUUUGACCCUAGCGAAACUCAUCCAUUGGCCAACCCUAUUAUAGGUGGCGACAAGACUGCCCCGGAAUUUCAGGACAUUACUGGGCCCGUCAACCCGUUCCCCACUGACGUCUACUACGUCGGUAACCUCGUGCGAGAAGAAUUUCUUCAGGUUAUGGACGGUCUGGAAUUCCUAGAGCCACUCAUCAAAGACAUGGUUCAAGACGAUCCCUCCAAACGGCCCGACAUGAACGAGGUCGUGAGACGGUUUGAGGACAUCCGCAAUGGGCUAAGUUAUUCGCAACUUCGUACUGGACUGACUUAUAUUCCCAUUAUCGCCGCCAUAAUAACAAGGAGGUUUUCUUCGCCUUCGUCGGCUUGA